ACUGGCACUUGAACAAUGAACAUCCUUGUGAUCCUGGUUUUAUGCCUUAUGGCAACCGCAUGUCUGGCGGAAGUUUCCCAUGUGAAACACCACAAGCACCAGAGGCAUCAUCAGCCCAGGGAACACGAAUACGACGAUGAGGAAUCCCACUAUCCGCAUUCCCACGAGGAAAAGGAGGUGGAGCAACCUUUCUACAAGAAGGAGAAGCAUACAAGUGAAAAGGUGGUUUACCACAAGGAGGAGGAACACGAGGAGCCCAAGGAGCACAAGGAACGUCACCAUGAGGAGCCCAAGAAGCAGAGAGUGGAUCACUACCAUCACUAUGACAAGAAGCCCGAAGUGAAGACCCAGCACAUCCACUACAAGCAAAGUAAGCCCCAUAUCCGUACGGAUUACAAUCAGGACUUGUUCACUCCAGCUGCCACCCAAGUGGUUCAUCGACGCCGUCGUCCUAGUCGGAUUCUAUACGCCAGUGCCCCCAACUCGGUGUUCCACACCCACACACAGAUCAACGUGCAGUCUCAGGACUCGGAAUUGAAUUCCCUCACGCGCCCAGAUCUCGCACCUGGAGCACAGGAUCCUGCUGGGGCUCAAGCACCGACUGGAGCUCAGGCACCGGGCUUGCGACCCAAUUGCCAGUUCAUUGGACCUGGAAACAUACCACCUGGCUGUGGACCCUCUGAUCCCAUAGGUGCUCAGCUACCAGCAAGUGCUCUGGCACCCACUGGCGCUAAUCUGCCGGCCAAUCAACCCGUACCCGGCGGCCAAUUGGCUGUUCUGGGUAAUGGCCAGCGACCUCCACGUCCAGGUGGCUAUGUAAGUGGAUAUGGCAACCGACUGAACUUUUUCGUUGAUCCCUCGCUGGGUCAGCUAGGGGCCAUAGGUAAUGCUGCAGCUGGAAAUCAACAAGCUGCCGGAGGAGCUCAGCUCGCAGGAGGAGCUCAACUCGGAGCGAGCCAAGGAUUCGACCCCUCUUUCGGCGCCCAAGCAGCUAACGGAGCUCCAUUUAACCCAGGAUUUGGAGCUGGUCAAGCUCAAAGACCUGCGCAGAACCAAUAUGAUCCCAACCUACAGUUAGGUGGUCCUUUUGAUCCCUCCUUGGGUGCUCAAUUGGGAGCAGCUCAGGGUGUUCCUAACCAAAGACCAAGUGGACAGGGAGCAUUUGAUCCUUCUACAGGUGCUCAACUUGGCGCUGGGCAGAGUGUUCCUAACCGGAGACCCAAUACACAAGCCGCCUUUGAUCCCGCUUUGGGCGCUCAACUUGCAGCUGGCCAGGGCGCGCCUAAUCAGCGACCCAAUCCAGCUGGACAGGGAGCAUUCGAUCCCAAUCAGGGGCAGUUCGACCCCUCCAUUGGAGCCCAAUUGGGGGCGGGUCAAGUGCCACGCCUCAACAACCGACGUCAGCGCAAUCGAUCCAACUACCAGGGCCUCAAUGUGCUGAAUGGCAACGUUUUUGGACAACCCCAUCUCCAGGGACCCACAAAUGCGCUGGGAAAUCAACAGGACACCAACAUUAUAGAUGGCAAUUUCUACAGCGAUCCCCAUUAUGGACACCAGCGGGCCUUGGUAUCGGUUAAUCCCAAUCAGCGCUCAGUCCUUAUACCCGACGACGAUGAUGCGGAUGAUGAUGGAAUGGAUGAAUUCCUGGCCUUCGCGGCCAGUAGGAGGAGGCCCGUCCAUACCGCUCCCAAAGAACUGCGACCUCAUAGUAUCAUUUCAAAGCGAAACAAUGUGGAUCUAAAAACAUCUGCUUCGGAGUACGACACUGAUUAUCGUGAGGAUGGCUAUCACUACCAGAAGCCCAAACAUGCUUUCGAGUUCUAA